CAUUGAGUUGUUUUAUAAAAAUAUUAAACCAGACCAGACGUUAUUCAAACCAAAAUUAUACAAAGACAAAUAAAUGCAAUUUUCCAGAGAACAGGAGUACACCUCAAGUCAGCAGCUGAGCUGUGUUUAUUUUGCAAAAAAAAGAAAAAGCUAUGGGGAAGGCGGGUGGACCUGGUGCUCAAAUGACCAUCAACCACCGCGAGUGUCUUCGUUGUUCGCGCAAGUGAGCUUAAUUCGCCAGAAUAAUUUCACACGGCGUAGCGGUAGCAGGUCAUUCCCAAGAGUCCGACGAGAGGACACCAGAGAGAGAGAGUCGUUAUUGCUCACCCCAAAAUCCUGAAUUCAGUCUAGACCUAGCACUGAGCGUUGUCGGUCGCUGCUGGUGGUGCGCUGGCCGCAGCAAAAACGUGGGACCUAACAAAGGAAGACACGUUGACUAGAAGAGUUAGAACAAGUGACGCCAAUUGAAAGAGUGCUCAAGUGCGAUUGGACGCGUGACUUAACCAUAUCAGAAAGCAAGCAAGCAAAAGAAACAGAAGAAGCAAUCAAAGGUUGUGUAAUGAUAGAGAAAGUGUUCACCCAAAUGUCCGAUCAAUAGACGCGCGGGGGGUUAAACUAUACUAGUUGUAGCGGCGUGCAGUGAAGUGACUAAGAUAGUAAAAGAGAAAGAGAUGUCUUCUGCUGCUCUGCCAGGAAGCAGCAAGUGAAGCAUGCCGUUGGUGAGGAGAAACAAUACAACCAACAGAUACAGAUACCAGAAGCAACAGGAGACAAGCAGUUCGGACUUGAUUGUUGCCUGUGGAAUAUAAUGGCAUUAUUCAAUAAGUUGUUUUCAACUGGCAAAAAACGCAGCACAAGUUCAUCGGCGCAAAAGUGUACAGCAGGACAGUUUCCGUUCACCACCGAUCAGAUUCGUGUGAUCCUGUUCCGCGAGUGUGACAUUCGAGGCCGUAAGCUACUGUUUGACUCAAAUGCCGUUGAAAGAAUUCCCGACGGACCAUCGGCGGGUAGUGCGGCAGCGACGGCCCACGCGGCCUCUGCAUCGGUCCACCACAAAUCGAUACCGCAGGCACAAAAGUGCGAUCACUGCAAGAUCCUGUAUCAGCACAACACAAAUCCAAAGAAUGACAUCAAACCGUUGUCGGAGAUGAUAUUCGGUUCCGCACCGAUCGCGUUUCAGGGCAGUAGCUUGAAGGUGCACUGGUUGAAGAUGCCAAAGACUAUAAUGUGCUCGCACGUGUUUCCGACGCCAGUGCGGAACACGGCUAGCUCGAGCAGUAGCAACAAAAAGGUAUCCCUCGCAAACUAUCUGGGAUCGGAGCUGUCGGGAGGUGGUGGUCAUGGCGUAUCGUUCUACGAUCGGCAUCCUUCUGUCAGCGAUCUCAGCUCGAUGGAUACCAACUCGUUGAGGUCAUUCACCGUGACGUCGUCAACGUCGACGCAGCACGACAUUUCCUACAACAGCCGACAGAGACCACCACUUCCACUUGAGUUUGGUCAUCUUGACCGGCUGACCGAUCCCAGACUGUCGACCAACAGCGGCAUGGACUCGGGCUACGGUGGAACCGACCCGUGGGCGUACUCCUCCAGUGGAUCGCGUCACCCCCUCUCAUCUCAUCGGAGUAGUCUCGCGUCCAUUUGUAGUGACUACGAGUGUUUCCGUAGACUCAGCACAGAUACCAGUAUUGACAUACCUCAGGUUGUGAACUGCGCCAGUUUAGACGACUGCAGCCAGUACGGAAGUUUCCAUCGACGAGUGUCGAAAAACUUGACCACUUCGUUCGAAAAUCGACUGACCCUAGCAGACCAUAUUGGUCACGUAGACGAUCUGAGUAGUACCGGAGGGACGGCCAGCAGUCAGGUGACCGCCAGUGAUGGUUGUGUCGGAAACCGGAACCGAAGAAACAGUGAAACUGUUGAAAUGAACCGGCGCAAAGCGUUCAGCGGGGAGCUGCUGUCAACGGCAACAAACUACCAGGGUCGACCACCGAGCAAGAAGGCACGCCUCGGAAUCGCACUCUGCAUCCAGCUCAACGAAUCGACGGCGCAUGAAAUGGAAGCCUUCUGUUCGGAACACAUGAGCAUAUUCGAGACGAUGCUGUGCCGGCUCAGAGUCGCCGCCGAGAACGCGUGCCACCGGUGGCAGCAGUUUCUACAGAUCAUGCUUGCGGCCUGGCACUCGACGCAGCAGUGGCUGGUGGACUUCUUCACCGCUCCCCGGCUGGUCAACCCGGUGUGGAUUACGCUCAGCAGUGGGGUCUACUCGAACGCGAGUGCAAACUGGAACCGAACGUGCCUCACGAUCGCCAACGACUUCAUGAACGAUCUGUGCUCGCUGCUGUCGCUGGCCGACACAAAGGACACCAAUUUGUUUAUCAGUACGCUGUUGACGGCUGUUCUGACGCACCAUUUGGGAUGGGUAAGCACCAUUGCACCGAUCAGUGGGCCAACGGACGGGACGGACGCUAGCGGUUGUAGUAUACAGCGCGAAAAGGACAAGAUAUCGAAAAUAACGGCCAACCAUCCGUAUAAUGUGUUGUGGGCACAGCUUGGCGACCUGUACGGUGCCGUAGGACAUCCGGUCAAACUGUCGAAAACCAUCAUCUGCGGCAGUCCUCAGAUGAGCAACACCAUCGAGAAGAUCCUGAACGUGCUGUCGUACUUUAUACGAUGCAGUGAGAUCAAACGAACGGUCCACGUGGAGGCGUUUGAAGAGAGCAAAGUGAAGGAAGCCUUUGCGGCGCAACGGAUCAUCAACAGUGCCAGUUCGCCGGCCUAUCUUUCCGAGCAGCAGGGAACCAGCAAGGACAAGUUUCCCAAAAUGGCACGAACCGCGUCCGGUAUGGUGCGCUCGGGGACAAUCAUGAAAGAUCUAACGGCAAUGGAGAAAGAUUCAAAGUCGGCGGAAAGUGAGCAGCUUUCGAUGCUAAAGAAGAACGUGAUGAACGAUAUCCCAAAUGUGCUGGUUUACCGGGACUCGAGAUUCGUGCAGCAGGAGCUUCGAAUCGGUAACAAGAGCAUGGACACCGAGCUGCUGAUGAAUGCGCGGGAGAAACAGUUCCUGGAGAUGAUUUAUCAUAUUAAGAAGGGGAACAACGGUCCACCGAUACGGAUGACGCUGACGCAACCAGAUGAAACCGGUCAAGAAGCGAUUGAACUGGACGGAACCGAUACAGACGAUGUCGAAUCCGUACGACUGUCCAAGUUGAUAACGGAAACCAAUAUCGGAGACGGGGAACACGGCCAGCGGCUGUUUUGGGGGAUCGAGCGGAUAAGGAAUGAACUUCCUAUGGAUCAGUUAAAGUACAUUGACGGACUACGGGGUGACUACGACAUGCUUAGGCAAAGUAAACCUAAGGAGGAUGUGGUUUUUGUACUCGGUGACAAUGAAAAGUUGGUCAACAUUAGACAUGCAGGCGAUGCUAAAUCUUCGGACCUGGGAGCGGUUGGCGGAAAGAAGCCGUGCUCGCACAGCAGACUUCGCAGACAUUCCGUCAUCUUCAACUUCGAUCGGUACCCCAAAGUGGUCGAAAACUAUUGGAAAAGUCAACAUCUUGACAUGACCGAGCACGGGUUCCAUGAGAAAGCCAUGAAACUGGACAUGGCCGUCAAGAUGAGCCUGGAUGGAGAAUCGUCCAUUUCGGAUCCCAGCGAAGAAGAGUGUGACGUUUGCCGAAACGCUUCUUUUCUCUAUCUGCAGACACCUACGAAUGCUUCCGAGCUGGAAUUUUCGUACGACCUCCAUGAAGGCUCGAGCAUAAGUUCUUUUCACAAUUCCGCUAGCAAGUCCAGCUUGGAAGAAGAGCUACGCAAAUAUCCCGGUGUCCAACCCAACGACAACAUUCCAAAAGUUCAUGCAACUGCAAUGGCCACGCUCGAGGAACAUCCGGCGGAACUGAAAGCUAAACAUCCGGACAGUAUUUUGAAGCUGAUGGAUAUCCCAAUGUCGAAGGCGAUCAGUGCGGCAAGUUUAAACGAUGAAAACAAUAACGACAAGACUGAAAAGCGAGCAUCUCCGAGGGCCGGCUUCAUGCCGUCGCUGUUUUCCCGCGUCUCCGACCACUACAUCCCGGACAUGAUACUGCAAGGUACCACCGCUCAACCCGCCAAGUGGGAGAAAGCUUUAAAGAAGGACCUCAGCUUCGCAUCGCGCUUCUCUCUCAUGGAGCAGUACCCGGUGGAAAACCUGGCAGUCGUCGCCAACCUGGAAACGCACGACGUUCGACUGAUAACCUCCCACGCAUCAUCUCUGGCACCAAUCAGCCCAGACGGAGAUCUGGUUGGAAUGUCCCAGCUAGUUUCGUCCAUGCUGGAGACCGUCCACGCGAUGUGGAGCUCGGGAAUGUCCGCGUUCCAGUGCAUGGCGUUCAUGGAGUCCAAGCUACGGGAACUCUACCUGCAUUCGGAAACGAUCGCCAGCUUUUUGCUGGCGACCGAUUUUUGUACGAUCGGAUCCAUCACUUCAGCCCUGGACAUUACUGCCAACGAUAUGCCGCUGUUGCUGUCCGUUGCUUCCAUACACGCUCCGGAGGUUACCAAGCGAUACGGAAUACAGUUUCGAUAAAGAACGCUACUUAGAGGAGAAAUGCCCCAAGAAUGUGAUAUUAGUUUAAUAAGACUUGAGAGCAAUAGAACGCUUCAGAAAGAGAUCUGUAAACGGUUAAUAGUGAAUUAAGUGCAACAACACGUAAUGACUUGUUCUCGAAUUAGCGAGAGUUUGCUGUGCAUGCUCUCUUCUGCGGUUAGUUAGAGAUAUUAUUCAGAAUUUGUGUCUUUUUGGGAUGCCUUUUCAUGAAAACAGUAUGAGGUAGAUAUUAUUUGUAUUGUAACUUAAUUUGAUGAUAGGUAAAUCUUAAAACAAUUAGUAUUAUUAAUUCGUAUUGUGCAGUUACGAAACGCCAAAAAUUGUAAGCUGAGAGGUAACACACUCACCCGCUGAACAAAUACAAAAGCAAGUGUUGCAAUGUUUGCAAAUAACGAAGAAGUCAA